GUUUCCGCUGUGUGACCGACGCUCCGACCUCACGUCCUCACCGAGCAGCAGCAGCAGCGAACCCUCCCGGCUCCAGCUCCCGUCCUCUGCGGGGAUUCCACAGCAGCAAUCAUGGUGUUCGAGAGGAAGAUGAUCACGUACGACGACCCCGACGAAGAGGAGGAAGAUGCACCUGAAGAGGAAGAGGAGGAGGAGGAGGAAGAGGAAGACCUGGUGGACCCUCUAGAAACGAUACGAGCCAAGUGCGAGCAGACUGAACACUGUGUGCACCUCAAGGAGCGUUUGGAGGUCUGCGAAGCGCGGGUCGGCUCCAAGUCCAGCACAACGGAGGAAUGCACAGAAGAGCUCUUUGACUUCCUGCAUGCACGGGACCAUUGUGUAGCACACAAGCUGUUCCACAUUGUGAAAUGACCGGCCUGCCCACUUCCAGAAACUAUUUAUGCGAUCAAAUUGUAAAAUAAUCCAGACAGCUCUGAAGACUAUUGUUCUGUUUAUUAAUGUAAACGAGUUUUCUUGGGUCCCUGGAAUAAACACAUGUCACAUUUUCUUUAGAUCUUGCAGAUUUCCAGACAGUGUCAGAAACUGUUACUAAUUAAUGAAUCGCUGCUUGUAUGGAUGAUGGACGCAUACGUUUUAAAUGGUGUUGAAUCAUCACCCAUAAUGUAGUAGCUUCAUAUGCAAAAGUAAAUUUGCUGCUCCAGUAAUGGAGUUUACCUCAGGUUUGGUCAUAAUUCAUCAUUCUGACUAGAAAAUAAAAAGGUGUUUGUUGGUU